UUUCACUCGACAGGGAUUACCUCAUUAAUUGCAUAUAAAACAACAUUAUUACAGCUGAUCUAGGUAUGCAAACGUUAUUCAAGUGUGUUAUUUCGAAUGUCUACAAUAUAUAGCAUACUGUGGUGACUUAGACCAUUGGACAUGUUGUACUUGUAGCCUUGGCCGAGUUCUAAAAAACGACAGCUUUGUACCUUUCAUCUGUCGCUGAAGUUUCAGGUUUUCCUCGGAAAAAUCUCACUAUGCCAAUCACAGAUGAUAUCCGCCGCCUCGAGCUGGCGCAGCUUGAUAUGACAGCUGGCCUAUUCACUGUCUUGGACAACAUCCUCAGCAGUAUAGCUCCACCAGCUCCCCCAGUUCCGAAGAUCAAAGCUGGGGGCCAUCCAGAAGACAUUUUUGUCAACCUGACAGAAAAUGAUAAGGAUGAGUUUGAAUGUUGUGUAUGCUACAUGAUACUUAAGGAUGCUCAACAGUGCAAGAACAAGCAUAAGUUUUGCUCAAGUUGCAUCAUGGCGUGGACCUUGACCAGUACAAGUCUUGGGGCUGACAAGUGCCCAGUCUGUCGCUGCGAGGGUGAAUAUGUCCCAUGUGAUAUCCUGAAUGCCCGAUUAAGCUAUAAGCGCGUAAAAUGUCAAAAAGAAGACUGUGACUGGACUGGCUUUUUGAAAGAUUUUGAAUCUCAUGAGCAUAAUCAGUAUAAUGCGGCUAUGAAACCUGGGGUGAAGAGAAGUCUUCCAGCAGUUGCUGGGACUAUCAAAGGCACUGAUUCUAGUUCCACUAGGCCUAGGCCAACUAUUUCACGGGGUGUUACAACCAAUAACAGUACUAAUAGUAGCAGUACAGUUACUCCAAGUAACCCAACCCGUCCAACUAAUCGUGGCCAAGCUUCAAAUGCUCUGAGGACAUCUGGUAUUACAGGCAAUACCAGAUCCAACCAGGCCAGAUCGAAUUCUACGACAGGAACCACAAGGGCUGCUGCCAGGCCAACUCCUCGCCCAGUGAGGCAAGCCAGUCGCCAGUCUGGCCUGAAUGCUUCAGGCACUCAAAAUCGAGGGGUAACUAAUACAAGGCGUCAGGUGACAAAUGCUCCCUCCAAUGCUGGUAGUAGUAACAGGACCACGAAUGCAGAAUCCAGCAGAGUUACCCCACGACCAAAUUCAGUUGCUCGUGCUGUAUCAGCAAACAGGAGUAGCACGCAAGCAGCUGGAAGCCAGACUUCAACCUCUCUACCCAACAAUGAGGCUAUCCCUAGUACCCCAACACCACGACCCAAUCAGACGACCCCUAGUAACCCAACACCAGAAGCAGCUGGUAACCGGACUUCAGCAGCGGAUGAUGGAACUGAGACAGAUACACCAAGGAUACGCGCCACAUUGCUCAUUAGGCGGCGCUCAUACACACCCAAUCGCAUUGUCUCUCUAACAGCUGCAGAACCCAAUACCACUACAACGUCUACUUCAGCGACAAGUGAUGCUGUGACACAAGCCAGUAAUGAGUCUGAGGAGGUCCCAUUUAACCAUCGGCCAACCCAUCUCCCACCAAUCAGUGCCGCUCAGUUGGGAAACAACAACCCGCGCAUCUACCGGCAGAACCAGUUCCGUCAGAUGGCAGAGCAUAUCCGUGACGGUCGCUCUCAGCUGCACGACAUCAUGGGUAUCUUGAACAACGAGUUGGAGACACGGCGUCAGAGCAUUGCUCGUCACCAAGAGUUUCAGGAGCGUCAACACGCGGAGAGGCUGAGACAGCUACACGAGGUGCACACUCUUGGUCGUCGCCUUGGGGAGGUGGCUAGUAACCUAGCCGUCCUGAUGAAUGGGCUUCGACAAGUGCCAACAAGAAGGAACCUUGGCAAUGACAAUAACGAAUAAAAUUCAUUAAUGAUUUUUUUUCUUUUCUUAGAAGACGUGAAGCUUGGUGAGGAGUUGAGGAAUUUUUCUUGCUUGUGUCAAAAUGAUUGGGUAAAUGAAAAAAUUGUGAGCAUUGGAUCAAAUUUGCAUGGGUAAUAAAUUGGAAUUAACUGGAAGCUAAUUGUCAGUAUUUGUAUUCAGGUGUCCUAAUGGGGUCUGUACAGCUGGAUUACAUAAUAUGUGCUUUCAACUGGUGCUUCGUUGACAUUUGCCGAAAUCAGAAGGUUUCUAGUUGCCUGAAAUGGCUGAUGUUAACAGCAUGUUAUUUGGGGCCAAAAUGUUAUUCUUUCUGUUAUGCUAGGCCAGUAUUUUGGGUGGCUGGGGUGGAAGAAGAGGGGAUAGGGAAAGUCUGUGAGAGAAUUUGUGAAGUAGUUUGAGAUGGUCUAAUUGCGGAAAAUAGAAUCCGAAAUCCAUAAGCAAAUUAUGCUGCUUUACUGUGACAUUUCGCAUCUUAAAAUGUCAGCAGAUCAAGAAUAACUCAAACGAAUAGACCUUGGAAAGCUGUGAUUGAAUAUAUUUAUUUACAUGUUGUAUUUUAAGUGGCUGUGAUGAAAUCUUUCAAAUAUAUCUUCUUGUUUGCUUGUUGUUUUGUAAAUAAGAAUUCAUAUUUUGUUUAGUUCCGUUUAGUACUGUUUACCUGUUUGGAUGGUGUCUGUUGAUAUAUUGUACAAACUUGUAAUCAUAUCAUGUCUGGAUGUGCUUUAUUCAAUAACUCUUGUAGUAUAGAACAUCUUAUAUUUGGUGUUUUAAUCAAAAGUUCAACAAAGAAUUUGCACAACGAUAUUGUGAUAGUUUUAAGGGGGUUGAUGGCCAAAUUGUCUACUAGCUUUAAUGCACUAGGUGAUAUUGUGAUAGUUUUGAGGGAAUUGAUUGCCAAAUUGUUUGGCUUUAAUGCGGGUGUCUUUGAAACCACACAAUCAGUGUCUGUUAUAACAUUGUUACAUUGCGCAUCCGUCCGCUUAGUAGGCCUACGUGUACUUUCUUUGUGUAGUGGGAGGAAAUUCGAAAGUAAGAUUCAUGAGGACACUGUAAGAGGAGUGUGAUAUGAUCUUCAAUGUGCAAAAGGAUUGUCUACCCAUAGCUCUGGUGCUUUGUGCCAUUUGAGAGCAAUAGGGCAAUCAAAAACAACAAACCAGGCUAGAGCUAAUCCUGGGUUCAACUGACAAUCGGUGAGUGGAAACUCUAAUUCUUAAUCUUACUCGCCUUAAAGUUGAUCUGUAAACCACAUUAUGUGAAUGAGUCUUUGCUGGUGAUAUCCUAGCUGAUGUUUCUUUAAUCAAGGAAAGCUUUAUGUGAUCACAUAUGCAUGUACAUAGAUAAUGUAUUUACACCUUUACAGUUUGUGUUAAAUAAAAUGGGCAUUCAGUCCUCA